UCUAGUACACGUUCUCUGCAUGCACAAAAUUACUCAACAUCCAGACUCACGGAUCCAACCCAUCAACAAAUCCGAAUCUAUUGGCAAAAAGAAGACAUUCACCUCUCUUCUACAGAGAAGACCAUAAAUACAUCAAAGAACAACUCAAUCAACGCACCAAAACAUCAAUCACAAGCCACCCCCGAAAUAUGUCUCUGCCCACCAUCGACAUCUCGCCCUUCCUGAACCCUUCCUCAACCGCAGCGUCACGCAAACAAACAGCCCAGGCAAUAAACACAGCCUGCACACAAUAUGGAUUCUUCUACCUAACAAACCACGGCAUCCCCACCGCAACCCAAGACCACAUCAUCUCCCUCGCACGCUCUUUCUUCGCCCUCCCACUCUCCCAGAAACUCCAGAUCAAGCGCCACGACGCCGGCGGACCUGAAGGCGGCGAUGGUGCAAGGGGGUAUCAGCCCAUGGGUGACAACGUCACUGCCGGACGGAGAGAUAUGCAUGAGGCGGUUGAUUGGUACCGAGAGUGGGAUCACGCAGCCAAGACAGAAGGGAGCGGUGGAAAAGGAACGUCUGCGCCACUUCAAGGUACAAAUCUCUGGCCGAGCGAGCCUACAGAUCUAAAAGACGUGUAUGAGGAGUACGUGAAACAAGUGCUGACGGUUGGGGAAGCGGUUGUCAGGGCCAUGGGCGUCGCUAUCGCACUGCUAUGCAACGGGGAAGGGGAGGUGGAUGACGAGGUUUUUGUGAAGAGCACCGAUAUGUCGUUUUGGGUUAUGCGCAUGAUUGGGUAUCCGAAACUCUCUUCUUCUGUUGCGCCUUCGGAAUCUGGAAGUACGGCUGCGGACAUGGAAAAUGAGUUUUCAUGUGGUGAACACACAGACUACGGUUGCAUCACCCUCCUCCUCACGGACCCCACCCCUGGGGCCCUUCAGGUCUUGCAUAAAGAUGGACAGACAUGGAUCAAUGCCGAUCCCAUUCCCGGCGCUUUUGUGGUUAAUAUUGGGGAUAUGAUGGAGCGGUGGACCAACGGGUUGUGGAAGAGCACCAAGCAUCGCGUUAUACACCGCGGCGACGGGUAUAGAGUGUCUGUGCCUUUCUUCUAUGAGCCGAAUUUCGAUGCUGUCGUGGAGCCGCUUGGGGCGUGUGUGAGGAAGAGUGGGAGGGAGCCUGUUCAUCAAGGGAGUACGUAUGGGGAGCAUUUGUUGGGGAAGGUGCUGAGUAACUUUUAUUGA